AACGCACCCUCAGGGUGGGCGUCUCCCAGCUACCUUUGCUUACCUGUCAUUUCCAAAUCUUAAAGCGAUUACAGAUUUCCAAUAGGUACCUCACUGGUUUGAACUAAAGGGACAUUUUGUAUUGACAAAAUGGAAUUGCCCGUGAAGAAAGGUUUCCUUAGACUGGAAAUACAGAAAACAACAUGGGAGGUUCCGGAGCAAUAUACCGCACUGAAAGCUGUUGGCUCAGGUGCUUACGGGACAGUAUGUUCUGCUAUUGACCAGCAGACCAAGGAGAAGGUGGCCAUUAAGAAGCUCUAUCGUCCAUUUCAGUCCCUGAUCCAUGCUAAACGGGCCUACCGGGAACUACGACUGUUGCGCCACAUCCAGCAUGACAAUGUGAUCUGCCUCCUUAAUGUCUUCACACCUGAUUUCUCCCUGGAGAAAUUCCAGACAUUUUACAUGGUGAUGCCCUUCGUUGCUGAGGAUCUCGGUAACAUCAUGAAGAGGAGGAGAUUGACUGAUCGCGUCAUCGUUUACCUCUUCUACCAGCUUCUAUGUGGCCUCAAGUAUAUCCAUUCUGCAGGGAUCAUCCAUCGGGACCUAAAACCUGGCAACCUCGCCGUGAACGAUAACUGUGAAUUGAAGAUCCUGGACUUUGGUCUAGCGAGACAUGCAGAGAGUGAGAUGACGGGCUAUGUGGUGACACGCUGGUACAGGUCACCAGAGGUCAUCUUCAACUGGAUGCACUAUAGCCAGUCAGUGGACUUGUGGUCAGCAGGCUGCAUCUUGGCUGAGAUGAUCACAGGCCAGGUUCUGUUCCCAGGCAAAGACAGCAUUGACCAGUUGAAGAAGAUCCUCCACGUAACAGGAACACCACCGUCCUCCCUGCUGCAGAAGAUGCAGAGCAAAGAUGCUCGUUCAUAUGUGCAGGGUCUCCCUAUCCAAAAGAAGAAAAACUUUAAGGAAGUCUUUCCCUCCUUGGAUGUAAAUGCGGUGGAUCUGCUGGACAGCAUACUGCUGCUGGACCCAGACACCAGGAUGACAGCUAAAGAGGGCCUCUCACACCCCUACCUCUCUGAGUUCCAUGAUCCAGAAUCUGAACCCGACUCCCCACCGUACGACGACUCCUUUGAAAGCAUGGAGCUUGACGUGGGAGAGUGGAGUAGUCUGAUCCACAUGGAGAUUAUGACUUUUGACCCCAGAAACCCCAGUGCCACUGCAAUGUAGCAGACAGACACAACAGAACACUGGCUCCCACAUGGCUCAACCAUUGCUCCAUCUUAUAAAAAGCAUCACAUUUCACAACAUGGUUUUAUGACUUCAUGAAACAUGAUACUGGAAAGAAUGGCGCCGAAGGAGAUGGCUGUCUUUUUACGAUCCCGUAACUAAUUGUGCGAUUGUUUAAAAGCAUUGUUGGUUAAGGGCUUGUAAGUAAGCAUUUCACAGUGUUGUAUUCGGCGCAUGUGACAAAUACAAUUUGAUUUGAUUUGGUAUGUCAUCAUUUUUAAGGAUCCCUCAUGUUUUAAGGGUAGGUCAUGGUUUUAACUUGUUUUAAGGUAUACAUUUUCAGAAUGCUUCGUAUAAAGGAAUAUGAAUGAUGUACAACCUUUUAAUAUAUUAGUAGUAUUAUCAUAUUAAAUAUAGUAACGUGGUAAUCAACCCCACCAUUUGCAUGUUUAUCCAAUUGGCUACAAUCUAUGUAUGAACAAUGUUUUUAUCAUGACUGAGUAAAACCUCAUACCUCAAAUCAAUCUCAUCUAUGAACACAUUUUCAUCUCUGACUCAAUUAGCAUUUUCCAAAAUUAAGCAUGUUUUGGUAUCUUAACUGAAAAAUGAUGUUUGAUGCCAGAAAACUAAAUCUCAAUCAAUAGAUCCACAUAGUGUACAGUAGACGGCACAUGUUCAGUGUAAUGUAUAAUGUUCUUAUGCUGCCCUUUUUUUGUGAACGGGUCAGAUAGGUCAUCAUUUCAGUUCUGUUACAGCAAUGGUAAUAAGUCGAAAAUACUUUAAGGUACUACUUAAGUCAUUUUUGGGGGGUAUCUGUACUUUGCUAUUUAUAUUUUUGACAACUUUUACCUUCACUACACUACAUUCCUAAAGAAAAUAAUGUACCUUUUAUUCCAUACAUUUUACCUGACACCCAAAAGUACUUUUCAGAAUUUUCAGGCAGGACAGCAAUAUGGUCCAAUUCACGCGUCUAUCAAUAUAACGCAUUGUCAUCCCUAAUGCCUCUGAUCUUACAGACUCACUGCAAAUACUGCAUUUGUAAAUUAUGUCUGAGUGUUGGAGUGCAUCCCCUGGCUGUCCGUCAAUAAAAAAAACAAGACAAUUGUGCCAUCUGGUCUGCUUAAUGCAAGUAUGAUAAUUGAGUACCUUUUUCACCAUUGUGUUACAGUAGAUGUAUGCGUGUGUUACGUUAAUUAAAGUUGUCUGCCUGUAUCCCA